AUGCAACGCUCGAUCCUCUCUCGUCUGCCUCUUCGCCAACAGAUUACUCGUUCGACAAUGGCCCCAACACGCAAUUUGCGCACGACUGCAGCACGCAAGUCUCACGAGCCGCAAGUGGACAGCACGCAGCCCCCAAUGCUGCGAUACCAAACCCACUUGCCCGAGCUCCCCGUUCCCGACCUGGCAAGCACCGCCCGAAAGUACCUCGACAGCGUGAAAGCACUCGUCUCGCCCGCGGAAUACGCCAAGACCGAAACAGCCGUGGCAGACUUUGUAAAAUCCGACCAGGCAAAAGAGCUCCAGAGGCGCUUGCAAGAACGAGCAGCAAAGCCUGGAAUCGAAAAUUGGCUGGCUGACUGGUGGAAUGACGCGGCCUAUAUGGGUUACCGUGAUCCCGUAGUGGUGUUUGUGAGCUACUAUUAUGUCCAUGUUGAGCAGGGCAAGCGGUCACAGGCCGAGAGAGCUGCGAGACUCAUCAAGGCCAUGUUGCCGUUUAGGGAGUUGACGGAGAGUGGUCAGCUUGAGCCUGAGAAAGCCAAGACUCCUAUAUGCAUGUCCUCUUACAAGUGGUUGUUCAAUGCGGCGAGGUACCCAGUCAAACCAUCCGACACGGCCGAUAAAUUUGAUCCUGCGACCAACAACCAUGUCGUAUUCGUUCGCAAGAACCGUUUCUAUGAAGUCGACGUGACAGGACUCAGCACCGCCGAUCUCACCGCCCAAGUCCAACGCAUCAUCGACGCGGCCGGGCCCGAGCCUGCUGCAUACCCCGUGGGAGCACUGACGAGCGAGAACAGAGAUAACUGGGCCGACGCGCGUGAACAUUUGGUCAAGAACCCCCAAAACGCCGAAUCUCUCAAGCGUAUCGACUCGGCUAUAAUUAUCGUCGCGCUCGAUGACACUUCACCUAUCACACGCGAUGAUACCAGCUGGGGAUGCUGGGUCGGAGAUGGCAAGAACAGGUGGUACGACAAGCACCAGUUUAUCGUUUACGAGAAUGGCAAGUCUGGGUUCUUGGGAGAACAUAGUUGCAUGGACGGAACCCCCACUCUGCGCAUGAACGAGUUUGUCCUUGCGUCGCUCGCCAAGGGCAAGGUUGACCACGGAUCCGCUACCAUAUCCUCGAACCUCCCUGCACCCAAGGAGAUCACAUUCGAACUAGACUCUACCUCCAAAUCCCACAUCCAAACAGCGACCAAAAACUUCAACACCCUCGUCGGACAACACGACUUGCACGUCCUCCAAUACGAGGGAUACGGCAAGGCCGCGAUCAAGACUUUCAAAGCCUCGCCCGACGCAUGGGCGCAAAUGGUCAAACAGCUCGCAUUCCACAAGAUGUUCAACCGUCCGGGUGUAUGCUACGAGAGUUGCCAGACGCGCAAGUUCAAGCGCGGCAGGACUGAGGUCAUUAGGAGUGCGAGUGUGCAGAGCGGAGAAUGGGCCAGGGCCAUGUUGGACCCCAACGUUGACGAUAUUACCCGGCACGACCUUUUCCGCGCUGCUCUCAAACAACAUCUCACCUAUGCAGCAUGGGCAGCAGACGGCCAGGGCGUAGACAGGCAUCUCUUCGGUCUCAAGAAACUCAUCAGGGAGGGCGAGCCUGUUCCGGAAAUCUAUAACGACCCGAGCUAUAGCAAGUCGAACCAUUGGGAACUGAGCACUUCUCAGUUGUCGUCGGAUUACUUUGAUGGAUGGGGCUAUGGAGAGGUUGUCCCUGACGGCUAUGGUCUUUCUUACUCGAUCUCGGAUAACUAUAUUCGUUGGACCGCCACGUCUUUGAAACGCGAUACUGCAGUUUUGAAGCAUUACUUGGCUGAAGCUGCCACCGAGACGAAACAGAUGAUGGAUCGGGCUGCCAAGGCGAUUGCUGCCAGGGACGGCCACCAAAAGGCCUAA